AUGGCCAAGCAUCAUCCGGAUUUGAUCUUCUGCAGAAAGCAGCCUGGUGUUGCCAUAGGACGUUUAUGUGAAAAAUGUGACGGACGAUGUGUAAUUUGUGACUCUUACGUAAGACCAUGCUCCCUCGUUCGAAUUUGUGAUGAGUGCAACUAUGGUUCUUACCAGGGUCGUUGUGUUAUAUGUGGUGGCCCAGGCGUUAGCGAAGCGUAUUACUGUAAAGAGUGUACGAUCAUGGAAAAGGACAGAGAUGGAUGUCCGAAAAUCGUUAACCUGGGAAGUGCAAAGACGGAUUUGUUUUACGAACGGAAGAAAUUCGGACACAAAAAGAACUGA